AUGUUAAGACAGGUACUCAGAACCAAAAUCAACAAAGAAAUUCCCAAAACGAUUGCUCCUGUCAUCGCAUGCAGAGGUUACUUGACAUUCCCCAAAGCUCUUCCAACUUUUCCCCAAGACUUUUUCGAACAUGAUUGGUUAAGUGACUCAUCAAUCACCAAUUACUUUAAGACCAAACAAACACCUCAACUGUACCAAUUCACCAUAACUGACCCAAAUAUCAAAAACAAAGAUGUCAAGAUUGAUUUUUGCAAACCUGAUAAUGCAUUAUUGGUUUCGAUUAAUCAAAAAUUGAAUGAACAAGGUAAACACAGUCAAUCUAAAUUUGUUAGUGUUUUCACCAAUAAAUAUGUGUUUGAUAAACCGGUCAAUUAUAAUGACAUCAAUGCUGAUCAUGAUGCUAAAACUGGAGAGAUUGUUAUUACUGUUCCCAAGUUGGAAAAGGAUGAUGAUAAUUUGAUUAAUGUAAAAUUGAAUCACAAAUCGAACAAAUAA